AUGUCUAGGUUUAGAAUAUUGGCGGAUAGUUACUACUCAAAUUCUCCUCCUCCAACACCACCACCACCACCACCAAGUAAGUCUGCUUACCCACCAUAUGCGAUACCUCCACUACCAAAACCAUAUGUUGCACCUCCACUACCGCUGCCAUCAUAUGUAGCACCUCCACUACCACUGCCAUCAUGGCCUAUUGUGACACCGCCAAUGCCAACUAUGCCGCAUCCUUGGUACAGUACACCACCUAGCUAUUCAGCUCCUCCACCUGAAGAAAUACACGAAGCAAUACCACCUGUUUACGCAAUUACACCACCAACACCCACCUUUUUAGCACCUCCACCUACUGUUUACACACCCCCGUCAUCUUCUAGUAAUAAGCAUACUACUGCAAUCGCUGUAUCAGUCAGCGUAGGUGGGUUUUUCCUAGCAUUUCUUGUGUUGGGGGGACUUUUCUGUUUCUUUAAGAAGAAGAGGAUGAUGGCCGCUGGAGAAACCGAGGAUAUUGAGGAAGAGAAGGUGCCAGGCGGUGGCGUUGGUAGGCCACACGGUGGUGGUAACGCUGUUGCCAGUAAUGGGGGUGGUUACUCUCGUUGA